CGAUCGUUCGUUCCCGGCGCUUGCCAGCUCGCCUUCACUUCGGAGGGGCGAUGGCGGUGGCGCGCGCACUCGAGUGGAUCUUCGCCUUCUACUUCCUCGCUCACAUCCCGAUCACUUUACUCUUCGAUUUGCAGCCGUUGCUGCCUGGAGUUUACCCUUCCGCCCUGUCUGAUAUGUUGACGUGGUACACAACUACUUUCAAGGAUUCAUUAGUGGCAAGCCCAGAACCCUGGUUCAAGUGUUUCCUUUGCUUCGAAGCUUUUCCACAACUGUUUUUCUUUCCCGUGGCUGCUUACGCCUUCUGGAAAGGGAACUGCAAGUGGAUCCGGACUCCUGUAAUUAUCUACACAACGCACGUAAUCACAACGGUGGUUACUUGCCUGGCUCACGUUCUGUUUGCUGAUUUCUCCAACGCCAAAGUCCCGGGCCCACAAACCCUGCAGGAACGCCUGACCCUGUCUGCUUUCUACGCUCCUUUCUUAGCAAUUUCCCUUGCGAUGCUGCUUUUUGUAUUGUUCAGUUCUGCUUAUAAGCCAGUUGAAAAAAGGAAGAAGAAAUAAAACCCUUGGCCCUUCUCCUUUGGGAAAGAAAAUGUGCCAAUUUGAUCAAGGACUGUGUGUGUGUUUCCUGAUACUAUCAAACUGAUAGGGGAACAAAUAAAAAAAAAGGAAUUGUCUCCACAUAUGAUUGAUAGGCUUCAAAAUGGCAAAUGCAGUUCAGGGUAUGUGCAAAGUGAUACAUGUUGGCAGAGAAGUCUUUACUACAGCUGUAUUUUGAUACAAUUUGAAAGGGAAUAUUGAACUCAUUGAUAGAUAUGUCAAAUAGUGUCCUAGGACUAGAUUUAUUUUUUUCUUCGCCCCUUGUCAGAAAAUACUUCAAAACUUUAAAAAGUUUCUUUUGCAGAGUCAGUAUAGAAAAGUUAUCCAAAUCACUCUUCUUGUUUGUUAAUUUUAUGUUCCUUUUAAUUAUUAAAAUAUCCACCAGUUUAAUCUGUA